CUGUUUUCGCCCUUUCUCCAUCGCAACAAAAGCUCCUAAACGAUGCAAGCCGCAAGAACCGGAGGAAAAGAUCCAUCCGCCGCAAGCGGAGGCGGCGCCACCGCGGCCCAGCCGCAGAAAUUGAGGGAAAAGAAAGUGAGGGAUCUGAUAGCGGGCAAUAGGAGGAGGCUCGUGGAGGUGCCGUACACCGCGUCCCUCGCCGACACGAUGAACGCCCUGCUCGCGAACAAGGUGGCGGCGGUUCCCGUGGCCGCGCCGCCCGGACACUGGAUCGGCGCCGGCGGAUCGAUGAUAAUGGAGUCGGACAAGCAGACGGGGGCCACCAGGAAGCAGUACAUAGGGAUGGUCACCAUGCUUGAUGUGCUGGCUCACAUCGCCGGGAAUCAAGUCGGCGCGGCGGAGGGCGGCGCCGACGUCGCAGAUCUCGACCGGAAAAUGCAGGUUCCGGUGUCCUCCAUUAUCGGGCAGUGUCUCGAGAGCCUCAGCUUGUGGACGCUCAACCCUAACACUGACAUAACUGACUGUAUGGAAGUAUUCAGCAAAGGCAUACACAGAGCCUUAGUCCCUGUGGACAGCCACAUGGAAAACAUAGCCGGAGUUGAGCUAAUCGAGUCAGCAUCGAGCUACCGUAUGGUCACACAAAUGGACCUCCUCAAGUUCCUAAAGGAUCACGAGCACGAGUUGAGAGGCAUUCUCGAGCAACCCGUGAAAGGACUUGGAGCAAUUUGCGAUUUCGUAUUUGGGAUUUCUAGUGAUGCAAAAGUGGCCGACGCCAUCAAGUGCAUGAGCGGUGCCUCACUCAAUGCAGUGCCGAUUGUGGAGUCUACUGACGAUAUCAAGGAGGAAACUCGGGAGCUUAUCAAUGGCAAAAAUCGGAAAGUUGUGGGGACAUUGUCGACCACAGACCUAAGAGGAUGUCCCAUGCCACUACUUCAAUCUUGCCUGAAAACGAACAUCCUGGAUUUCAUCAACCGGCUGUCCGGGACACCCCUGCAUGAGACAUCGGGCUUGAGGAACUCCACUAAAGAACUCAUCACGUGCAGGCCCGAAUCUUCCCUUGGUGAGGUGGUCAACAAGGUUGUUAACAAUCACGUCCAUCGGGCCUGGGUUGUGGACGAGUUCGGUUUGCUUGUUGGGCUGAUUACUCUGACUGAUAUAAUGAGGGCUGCCCGGGUUUGGCUGCUUUCGGAGGCUGUUUGAUAGAUCCUUGCUAAGGUUGUUCCGAGUUUUGCUGUGUGUCUGGGUUUUCUGUGUUGUGAUGUAAUAACUGGCUGAGAAGGAGCAGCUUGCCUUUUAUGUUGACCUUUUUGAGAUGCUAGUGGUCAAGCAGUUUUAAUUGUGUGGUAAUUAAGAUAAGUGGCUCGAUGAUAUUUUCACACUUAAAUAUGAUACUUUAAAAACAUGCAUAAAAAUA